CCAGCUGGGAAGCAAAGCAAUCCUUUAGAAGAAACUGAGGACAGCAAUGAGUGUCUGAGGAGGCCCAGUGACUCUGCAUUGUUCUGAAGGAGUAGACAUCUUUGAUGAUCUUUGGCAAGUCAGUUCUUUAGGGAUCAGGGGACCGUUGGGGGACCUUUGGUAAUCCCAAAACAGAGGUGAAGUUUUUUGUUUUUCCACUGUGCAAUGAGUAUCUCUUUAGGGUAUUCACAUUCCAGAAAUCAAGACAGUACCAUGGACGGCUUGGAGAAACAGCUCAUUUGCCCAAUUUGUUUGGAGAUGUUUACCAAACCAGUGGUCAUUCUCCCUUGUCAACACAACUUGUGUCGAAAGUGUGCCCAAGAUAUUUUCCAGGCCUCAAACCCUUAUCUAUCAACCAGAGGAACCACAGUGACUUCAGGAGGGCGUUUUCGCUGCCCUUCCUGCAGACAUGAGGUGGUCCUGGACAGGCAUGGUGUUUAUGGCCUGCAGAGGAAUCUGCUGGUGGAGAAUAUCAUUGAUAUGUACAAACAGGAACAGGAAUCCUCAAGUACCAAGCCUGAGCCGGAGCCCGCCAAGUGUGUUCAACCCAUGUGUGAAGAGCACGAGGGUGAGAAGAUCAACAUCUACUGCGUGACGUGUGGCCUCCCCACCUGCUCCCUCUGCAAGGUGUUUGGUAUCCAUAAAGACUGUGAUGUGGCCCCUCUCCACACUGUGUUCAAUAAGCAAAAGAUGGAGUUGACUGAUUGUAUAUCCAUGCUAGUGGGAAACAACGACAGGAUUCAGGGCAUCAUGAGUCAGCUUGAUGAGACCUGUAAGAUCAUUGAGGAAAAUGGCAGGAGGCAGAAAUCCAAGGUGUGUGAAUGUUUCGAUCACCUUUAUGCCGUCCUGGAGGAACGGAAAGGUGACAUGACCCUAAAGAUCAAUGCAGAGCAACAGGAGAAACUGGAUUAUAUCAACGGCCUUACCAGAAAGUAUAGAGAACACCUGGAGAACAUGGCCAAGAUCGUGGAGACAGGCAUACAGACAAUGGAGGAGUCCGAGAUGGCUACUUUCCUGCAGACUGCAAAGCCUCUUCUGCAAAAGCUCAUUGCAGGCACCAACAUUUCUCACCUGGACAAAGUGGAGCGUGGCUACGAGAACAUGGAUCACUACACAGCCAACUUUGAGCGGGAAAGGAGGGCAUUGCUCUCAAUAGAUUUUGUAAAAGAUGACGAAGAUGAUGAAGAAUUUGAAGAUGAAGAAGAGGAAGUCGAGGUGAUGGGGGUGACAGGAGCGUCCCAUACAGAUGUUUUCCCUGCUGCUGUAGGGCCCUCCAUUGUUGGGGCCAACUCUCCCAAGCCCCAGCAGGUGACCCCAGCACCUACCCAGCCGACAGCACCCCCACCCCUGCCUCAGAGACCACCUGAGACCCUUGGCGCCACUGCUACCCUGCCCACACCACAGGCCUCCACCCGUGCCACAACCCCAGUACAAUUCCCAUCCCUAACCCCAAACCCAACUGCCACCGCACAGGUCCGUGCCACAACCCCGGUCCAUUUCCCUUCUGCAACACCAGUCCUGUUCCCAAACACAACACCGGUCCAGUUCCCGAACCCAACUCCAGUUCAGUUCCCGAACACAACCCCUGUUCAGUUCCCAAAUACAACCCCUGUUCAAUUCCCAAACACAACCCCGGUUCAGUUUCCUUCAGCAGAGCCACCGGCACAGAUGUCUUCUGAUACAGCAUCAGGUCAGCCAAACACAGAUGACAAAGAUGGACCCAAACACGUCUUCUCCUUUUCUUGGCUGAACAACCAGAAGUAGAACAUCGUACCUCAACACUUUUUUAUAAAAGCCAUUGUUUAGGUUGAGGCAGCCUCCCUCUGCAGAAACGGUUUUAAUAAUUACUCUUCAAUCGUUAAAUAAUUAUUGUCUAUACAGUUCUCUACCACUCUACUCGCAAGUCUACUGUGAAAACAAAUGGCAUUGGGUGCAUACAUCUUUGACUUGUGAAAGAUGUGCGCUAUGUGGCACACCUUCGCGGAAGAUGUAUGCGAGUCAGAAGAACGCCCGGAUCAUAUUGAGAUGCUCAAUAAUUUAG